AUAGCGCUGAACUCCGGGCAUUUGAGUCUGCGGCGUUCGCGAUGCUGGAAAAUCUGGUCGAACUUCGAUUAGCGAAUAACGAUCACGUGACGGAAAUCGACACCAGCGCCUGGGGAAGCACGCCAAUGACGAAACUCAAAGUUCUAAAACUAGAUUCCAAUGCUCUUUUGCGAUCUGUACCAGAAGCUCUCGUUGAUGGUUUGCCCCAGCUGGAAGAAGUUUCCCUGCAGAACUUAAGUCUGAAAUGCGACUGCAAUUUAAGGUGGAUACGAGAAUGGGCAGAACUCCGGGAUUACGUGACAUUUCAUCUGACCAACAGCGAAUGCGUGAAUGCUCUUUCUCCCGGUCUAACACCAGUAACGGAUGUCAAGACCGAGGAAAUGGUGUGCGAGGCUCCUUACGUGGUGACGUCAUCAGUCAACAGUGGCCAUCUUCCGGACUUCGCUCAACUCAAGGUAACCAUAAGUAAUGUGGGUCUUCCUGUGGUCACGUGGGAGCUCCCUAACGGAGAUAUAUUUGGACUAGGGACACACCGUCCCUCUACCAACGACACAACCCUUGUAAUCAUAAACACCACAGUGGUUUCUACAGUCCUUGUCUGCACCCUGAACAUAUCCAACAUCACGACGAACUUUUACGGCCAGUACGUCAUGACAGCCACAAACAUGGCGGGCAAUGUGACGCAGAGUCUCGUUCUGGAGGAGGUAUCACGUGACGUGAACCUGGCAGAUCUUCCCCGCGUUCAGCUAACAGUGUCGCUGGUAUCGGUUGUUGCCGUCGUCUUCUUACUGGGAAUGAUUUGCUUCAUUAACCUCCAUCAUACCAACGAACAACGGUUUCAAAGACUUUCCGCAGAGAAAUCGAACGAUAAUAACUCUACUGAGGAUGCGCAACAGGGAACUGGCUCGAUGUCUGAUGUGGAAGCUGUGAUAGAAAACCUUGACUCUCGGACAUUUUUACAAAAAGAAAAAGCAGUAGCGACAAUUGCAGGGGAACAUAACAAUCCUGGCUUUGAGCAAGACGACGAAUUUACCCGACUGUAAUUACUCGGUACCGGUAUGGAUACCGUUACUGACAAACACUGUGACGUAAAGAUAUAGGCCUACGCACGCUAUUGGUGGAAGACAAGUGGCCUUGAAAUAACUGCAGAAUGCGCAAACUGUCAUCGUGGACUUAUUGACACAAAGGUCAAAUGAACAGUGAGUGCGGGGGAAUCCAAAAAUUCUCUGUCCUUGACCCUGGUUGAACUCGUACCUCCAGAGUCCGUCCGCAAUGAAGAAAGGAAACUGCGACGGAACGAUGGUAUAUGCACUUGCUGAACAAGAUGUACACAGCGCGAUGAACGCUUAUGUUUACACACUGAAGACAUCUACACUGAAUAUAUAGGACCAAUAUGACGAUUUACGAUUACGCACUCGUGUGCGUAUUUGUGUCCGGACCAGAACUAUAACAGCUUUCCGCGUAGAGUUUUAAUUUUUUUUCGACAGAUGACGAUGUGUCGCAACUCACCUUUUCACCUUCUGCAUUUCUCAUGGUUACCAGAUUGCCAUUUUCCUGUGUAAAUAGAUAUAUAAAUAUAAACAUAAAAAUAUAUAAAUAGAUAUCAUUUCGUGUACAGGCUAUUACUCCAACAGUUUUCUGCGUAGAGUUUUAAUUUUUGGUGGAUACAUGUAUACACAGAUGACGAUGUGUCGCAACUCACAUUUUGACCAUUUCUGCAUUUGUCAUGGUUACCAGAUUGCCAUUUCCCUAUGUAUACUAUAUAAAUAGAUAUCAUUUCGUGUCCAGGCUAUAACUCCAACAUUUUUCUGCGUAGAGUUUUGAUAUUUGGUGGAUACAAACAUACGCAUAUGACAAUGUGUCGCGACUCAAAUUUGUUCAUUUUCACUGUUGUCAUGGUUACCAGAUCGCCAGUUUCCCUAUAAGUACUGUAUAAAUAGAUAUGAUUUCGUGUCCGGUCUAUAACUCCAGCAGCUUUCCACACAGAGUUUCAAUUUUUGGUUGAUACAUAGGUGCACUGGUGACGAUGUGUCACGAAUUACAUUUCUACAUUUUUGCAGUUGUCAUGGUAACUAGAUAGCCAUUUUCCUUAUAUAUACUUUAUAAAUAGAUUAGAUUUUCGUGUCCGGGCUACAACUCCAACUCUUUUCAGCAGUUCGCAGGGAAUGCCUCAUAUCCCAUGUAUAAUGUUUUAUUUGGUUACUUGAAAAGCUAGGCUACCCUCGGAGACUUUUCCCGUGUAAAGUGGAGGUCAAUUUAAGGGUGUGCGUUUCCUGAAGAACUUUCCUGUGACAUACAUGUACAGAUAUGCAUGCCACAGCCACUUUGGUUUGUAAAUUGUCUUCAACAAAUAUAAAAACUAAAUAUAAAGGUCUGUAAGAACCUAUAAUGGUUCAUGUGUAAUAUUGUAUUGACGGAUAUUGGCCAAUAUGGUCAAAUAAAACGAGGAACUCAGGUAGAUGAAAUUAUAUAUGGAACAUCCC